AUGCUCAAGAAUUAUUCCUGGAAAUCGCUGCUUUUCGCAAUUACAGCAUCCUCAAGCAUGCUCCUGAACAAGGGCUUGGUCAGUGGUGCCGCUUGGCCGCUUACUGGUGAUGUUGGAUGUCAUGAUCCCACAAUUAUCCAAGAAGGCUCUCGAUGGUACACCUUCUGCACUGGUCAAGGUAUUACCGUUCUGACAAGCGAAGAUGGCCUAGCAUGGUCGACAGUGCCACAGAUUUUCCUCAACGAGCUUCCUUGGUGGGCAAAUUACGUACCAGGCCACCCCGAACUCGACGUGUGGGCUCCUGAUGUUUCUACAUUCAAUGGCAGAACGUAUCUCUACUAUUCGAUCAGUACUUUUGGCUCUCGAACCUCAGUGAUAGGCUUAGCCUCAGCAAGCAGCAUUGAUGCUGGCUCGUGGACGGACGAGGGCGCCGUCAUCAGCACCACACAAGCCGGCAAUGACUAUAAUGCUAUCGAUCCCUUCUUUGUGGUCGAUCAAGACGGAAAUCCAUGGCUUGCGUUUGGCUCCUUUGGCUCUGGAAUCAAGAUCACGGCUAUUGAUCCAAGUACCAUGAAGCCUACAGGCGAUAUCCACUCGAUCGCGGCAAGGUCCGGCGGCAUUGAAGCUCCGUCCAUCAUUUACCAAGGUGGUUACUAUCAUCUUAUUGUCUCUAUCGACAGUUGUUGCCAAGGGACAUCAUCCACGUACAAGAUUGCCUACGCCCGAUCGGAAUCUAUACUAGGCCCCUAUCUCAAUGAAGAUGGUGUUGACGCUAUGAACGGUGGUGUCACUGUUUUGGAUGCUGGCAAUGAUAGAUGGAUCGGUCCUGGUGGACAGGAUGUUUAUGAAUCGGUCAUUGCUCGCCACGCGUAUGAUGCCGAAAAUAACGGCGCCCCAAUACUGCUUAUUAGCGAUUUGAACUGGAGCAAUGGCUGGCCCACUUAUUAA